CGUUUAGAUCUGUCCACUUCCACCUCCUCUCUGACAGCCGUUUAGAUCAGCUAGUGUUUGACUGACUGACUCUCUGGCUGGAUGCACUGACAGCCAGUCCUGCUGCAUUGUCAGCUAUCCUUCAGUUUCUGCAGUGGCCCGGGUUCGGUCCUUAGUGAUUUCACUGCCUUGACUCACCACAAAUCUUUUACAGCGGGAAUCCACUUAAAGCUUUUGGAGUUUUCUUGUGAACCGUCAAGCAGGACGAGAGACAUAUUUCAAGCCAGGACAGGAUACUGAACAGGGACCUAAAGGGAAUCAGGCGGGACCCACAAGUGACUCGCGACCCUCCGGUUUGGGAAUCAUUCAUUGACUGGACGUAAGGCAGGACCUUGGGCCACUAGGCCUAUCUCUUCUCUCCUCUCUUUCCUUCAGCCCGUGGAGUAACUGGGCCUCAGGAUGGAGUGCAUAAAGCACAUUAUAAAGAGCAUGGUCUCUGUGAAGGUUUGGGCGUACAUCAAGGGCUACUGUAAACGCAAUGGGUUGCUGACGCUCUCGGUCAUCGCCGUGGUUUCUGGCUGUGUGCUCGGCUUCUCCCUCCGCAGCUUCAACCUCUCCACGCAGGCUAAGAUCUACUUCUCGUUCCCUGGAGAACUGCUGAUGAGGAUGUUGAAGAUGCUGAUCCUGCCUCUCAUCACGUCCAGUCUGAUGUCGGGGCUGUCAGCCAUGGACACGAAGGCCAGCGGGCGGCUGGGGGUGCUAACCAUCACUUACUACCUGUGGACCACCUUCAUCGCUGUCAUCGUCGGCAUCAUCCUGGUGCUGGUCAUCCACCCUGGUACGGGCACAGAGAAGGACGGGCACAGAGCAGGGUCAGGGCCCGUUAUGACUUCUGCCGACGCUCUGCUGGACCUCAUCAGGAACAUGAUUCCCUCCAAUCUGAUAGAAGCAACGUUUCAACAGUACCGUACAGACCUGGUGCCCAUAGUGGCCUCCAGUUUGGUGGAGUCCCAGGCCAACUACGUCUACGUGAUGCCCGACCACAACAACCCUCAGCUGGGCCACCCGGUCUUCCUGGAGAUCACCCCAGCUCCAGACAUCAAGUACAAGAUUGUCCCUGGCCACAGCUCUGGCAUGAACGUACUUGGGAUUGUCAUCUUCUCUGCUACUAUGGGCCUGCUCCUGGGGAAGAUGGGCGAGAGAGGCGCUCCAUUGGUCAAUGUGUGUCAAUGUGUCAACGAGUGUGUUAUGAAGAUCAUCAAUGCUGCCAUGUGGUAUUUCCCUUUCGGCAUUGUGUUCCUGGUAGCAGGGAAGAUCCUGGACAUGCAUGACCCCGCCCACCUGGGAGAGAAGCUGGGGAUGUACUUCAUCACAGUGUUAGCCGGCCUGUUUGUCCACGGACUCAUCCUGCUGCCGCUCUUCUACUUUGUAAUCACACGCAAAAACCCCUUCACCUACAUCAGAGGCCUGCUACAGGCUCUGGUCAUCGCCCUGGCAACCUCCUCCAGUUCUGCCACCCUGCCCAUCACCAUGAAGUGUCUGUUGGAGAACUGUGGAGUGGACAGACAGAUCGCCAGGUUUGUCCUUCCAGUGGGAGCCACCAUCAACAUGGACGGGACAGCCCUCUACGAGGCCGUGGCAGCCAUUUUUAUCGCUCAGGUCAACGAGUACGAACUGGACUUUGGUCAGCUGGUCACCAUCAGUAUCACAGCAACAGCGGCCAGUAUCGGGGCUGCUGGGAUUCCGCAGGCGGGCCUGGUUACCAUGGUGAUCGUCUUGACCUCUGUGGGGCUGCCGCCCGCUGACAUCACACUGAUCGUGGCCAUCGACUGGGUCCUGGAUCGUUUCAGGACCAUGAUCAAUGUGUUGGGAGACGCUCUGGCUGCAGGCAUCAUGUGUCACCUCUGUAAGAAGGACUUUGAGAGGAGGGAGUCAAACGCUAAUUCUGCCCGGAGGGACACUGUGAUCUCCUUCGGUGGCCAGAGUGUCCAGAGUUGUUCCCUGUCCGAGGCUCCUCUCAUGGACUAUGCCCAUCGCUGUGACUAUGUCUACGAGGUGGAAGGUGACUGUGUCACAGAGAAAUCUGGCCCCACUUACAACCUGUGUCAGGUUUAGGAGAAACCUGUUCCCUGUUACAACCUGUGACCUGUGUUACAAAGAAACCGGUCCCCGGCUGCAACCCGUAUCACAGAGAAACCGGUCCCCGGCUGCAACCCAUAUCACAGAGAAACCGGUCCCCGGCUGCAACCCAUAUCACAGAGAAACCGGUCCCCGGCUGCAACCCGUAUCACAGAGAAACCGGUCCCCGGCUGCAACCCAUAUCACAGAGAAACCGGUCCCCUUCUACAUGCUGUCACAAACAAACCCGUCCCCCGCUACAAACUGUUUGGUCUGAGACACUUUCACUGGACAGACAGCAGGGGGCACUGUCCGCCUUCAACAGAGACCUUUCUAUUCACAUGAAUAUACAUAGAGUUGUCCUGAUAUCAAUGGCUUUGGACUGGGGAAUUACAAUGGGACUGGGAAACAACCCUGCACUGAAACAGAGUUUGCACUUUUCUGAUGUGCAUUUAUCAGGAGUUGACUAUAACGUCUUCAUAAUGUUCUCUGAUGAAUCAGUUGGUUGAUGAUGUGCUCACACCACUAUUUGUUGUGCGGUUGAUUCCUGCACAUGCAGUAAGUCGCUUUGGUAAAUGUUCAACGUUUUACUGUCUGAUGAUCACACCUGUGCCAUGAUGAGGAAGCAGGUUUUCCUCAUUGUUUUGUGACUGGCUAUCUAGGCUACUGUAACCUACCAGUGACAGGGACUUACUUAUACAGUAGGUCCACUAGGGUGCAUGUUAUGUCCGAGUCAGUUUUCCUUCUUUAGCUCAAUGCAGAUUCUGCUCAGGACACCAUUUUGGUGCCACAAUGUACUGCAGCACAGAGCACUUUUUAGGCAAUCAGGUGGCAUUAUGGACACCAUUUUGGUUCAAUGUGCUGCUGACUGUGAAGAUGACAAGCACUUUCAGAGUUUUUUGAAACCUUGUUUGAUAUCAGAAUGGUUAUAGAUACUUGCAUGAAGAUGCGAUAUUUAGGGCAGGAGUAUUCAACUCUGACCCUACGAGGUCCAGAGCCUGCUGGUUUUCUGUUCUACCUGAUCAUUAAUUACACCCAUCUGGUGUCCCGGGUCUAAAUCAGGCCCUGAUUAGAGGGGAACAAUUAAAACAUGCAGUGGAACUGACUUCUGAGGUCCAGAGUUGAGUUUGAGGGUUCUAGAGAUAUAACAGUAGUUUAAAACAAAUGUGAGUGUGACUACUGAUUAUUUAGAAAUAUUUUUUUUUUUAUGGUUUAAACUUAAAUGUUUUAUUUGCACAUUUUUCAUUUUUAUUUUGCAGUUAGGUUUUGGAGUUGCCUUAAAAUGUUCUUAAUAACUGGUCACCGUUGCGGAGAAUGUUGCAACCACGAAAGUGCUGAAAUUGACAGAACUAAAUACUGAAAAUGUGUUUAAAUAUAGUCAGUGACUAGGGGUGAAUCCUCUCAUCGUUACCUCUGUUAACCUAAUUAUAACAAAUACAGAAAGGUUAACUGAUAUUUCAAUGUCUUAUUGGUAGAUUUAACUAUAAUGUAUAUCUUUGACCACCUAGGAUCUAGAGGAAACUUCUCAAUGUUUUUACGUACAAAUGAAAAU